GAGGGAGAGGUAUCAGUCCAUUCACUACAGCCUGUGUUUGUGUUAUUAGCUCACUUGGAUCUGGGACUGGGUGAUUUUUUUUCUUCUUCUUUUCUCUCUCUUUUUGCACUGCGUAUGUUUGGUAGGCUGCACGUUUGGCUUUCAGGUAGAGGUGGGUGCACAAGAACCAGAGGAGCCCUGACGCUGCGCUGCAGGUCAGGUAGGACUGGACUCAACUGAUGGCUCUUCAAUUGUAAUCCACGCUGCCGUAACUGCGCGCUCCGUUUUGUAUUCUCCGUCGCGAUGUUCAAAACGGCCAAUUAUCCCACGGUGGAUCCUGCGCCCACCUUCAUGCACGGCACUUGGUUUGCCACGGGGUGCCGUGAAAACACGCCCGUGGCCGUGGAAAAACCUAAGAAAAAAGCGUUCAGCCUGGUCAAAAUCAUGUCUCUGAGCAACAAGAAAGGACACGACAAGCCCCCGCACCACAACAACAACAUGCCGUUCACCAUCCACUGUACCAUCGGCAAAGAAAUCAAGCACAUAUGCAGCAACUGCAGCCGAGGCAACGACACUCAAGACGCUGAAGAAGCAGAGCGUUUUGCCACCAUGCGCUCCGAGGCCAUGCUGACUGGCACCCACACGCCGCCCAUUCGCCGUCGGAGCAAGUUCGCCUCUCUGGGACGCCUCCUCAAGCCCUGGAAAUGGAGGAAGAAGAAGAGUGAGAAGUUCAAGCAGACCUCAGCCGCUUUGGAGAGGAAGAUGUCAAUGAGACAGAGUCGAGACGAGCUGAUCAAACGAGGAGUGCUUAAGGAGAUUUUUGAGAAAGCUACAGUGGAAUUCAGGUCGUCCAUGGAUGGCGGCAUGUGCACUCAGGAGCCCCCCCUCAAGUCGUCCAUGAUUAUGCCCGCUAAGAAGUCUGUCACGUUCCCUGGAGACCUGCAGGAACCUCCCGCCAAGCCCCUGCUGUACCACAAACAACCACCAGCUCUGCCACCCAAGCCCUUCACCAGGAUCCCCAACCAUAGCACAGAUUCUUGCCAGCUGAAGUUACCCAAUAAGCACUCUCCACCCUUACCCCCGAAGAAAGUGAUGAUCUGCGUGCCUCAGGGGUGCCAUGACUCCUCCCCCUCCCCCACACCCAACCCGCCGAGCACCCACUCCCAAAGGUGCACCCCCCCUCAGGUCUUAACCUCCCUCCACGGCCCACCCUUCCUGCCCUCUCAGCUCCUGGGGCUGUCGGCGCUACACCACCCGCUCCAGUUACAGUACGGCAGUCUGCACACGCCCAGUCGCAUCAUUGAGGAGCUCAAUAAAACCCUGGCGCUGUCCAUGCAGAGGUUUGAGAGCUCCGCCUUGCACAGCAGCAGCCAGUGUGCCCCUCUGGACCGGAGAGAAGUGCCCUCCGUCAUUAUCGACUAUGAGGAGGACAAGGAGAACCUGCCCAACGAGUCCGACUACGAGGACCUGCCCAGCAUGUACAAGGACGAGCACGGCGUGGACGAUGACGAGGAUGAUGAUGAAGAUGACGACUCCAUAUUUACAAGUUCUCUGGCUCAGAAGGUGCUGAGAAAAGACUCCCUGGCCAUCAAACUGAGUAACCGGCCAUCCAAACGUGAGCUGGAGGAGAAGAACAUCCUCCCCAUGCAAACAGACGAGGAGCGGCUGGAGUCCAGACAGCAGAUCGGCACCAAACUCACACGGCGCCUGAGCCAGAGACCAACGGCAGAAGAACUGGAGCAGAGGAACAUUCUCAAACCUCGCAAUGAACAGGAGGAGAUGGAGGAGAAGCGAGAAAUCAAGCGGCGAUUAACGCGAAAGCUGAGCCAGAGACCCACAGUGGAGGAGCUCAGACAGGCCAAAAUCCUCAUCCGCUUCAGUGACUAUGUGGAAGUGUCCGACGCCCAGGACUAUGACCGCAGAGCUGAUAAGCCCUGGACCAGACUCACAGCGGCUGACAAGGCUGCUAUUCGGAAGGAACUGAAUGACUUCAAGAGCAAUGAGAUGGAAGUGCACGAGUCAAGUCGCCAUUUAACCAGGUUUCACAGACCAUAGUAGACCACCACUGUCAGGAGUGGUGCCGGGUGGGCACUCUCCUUCACUGACGACCUCAAGUGCUGGACAGUAAAAUGGUGCCCGUUUCUACAAAAAGGCCAUGCGUUCUCAAAUGCCUUUUCAAGACCCCCACACCAUCACCACCAAGUCAUCCACUGUAGUAGCACAUAGAGACUCCAGCCAGUCCUUCACGCCAUGUUACUUGGUUGGAAAAUUCUCAACUUAAUCCAAAUGUCUAUGGACCCAGUUAUGUGGGGAUAGACUGUCAACGGACUCCCCAGGACUUUUUAAAUCUCUUCUUUGUUAUGCUGUCACUUUAGUUCCAUUCAUAUCCAAAAUGGAGAGUGGAUUUUUUUCAUGAGAUUAUUCUUUCUUGCACCUGCUGGGACUUUGAAAAAAGACUUAGAUAAAGGACUCAAUAGAACGAAUGGAAGGCGGGUCCAAAACAUUGAAAUCAUGUGCAAUAUUUUUCAGUGCUUUUAUUAGGCUUUAGCGCCCUCUGUAGUUCCCUAUGUGCCAUUACUCGCUGAUAUCUCUUCCCACAUAUGUGCAAUGAACAAGACAUUUCGACAUCUUUAAUUCCUAACUGUGAAUUUGAGAGUUUGGGCACUAUCUCAUUCUCUCUUUAUGUAAAUUUUGUGUAUAGUGACAAACGCUCAAGAAGUUAAAUGUGCAGCUGGUAGAUCUAGUCUUGACACCAGCUAAUGCAAGAAUAAUAAUUUUGUUUUAUAAAUGUCUUUUUAUGUUUUCUUUUUCAUAUAGGCACUUGAAACACAAAGGUUUUAAAUGUUUUCCCUUCACAAGCCCCAUCUCUUUUUGGAUUCAUGAUUUUUGAGAUGAAUUGUGAGAGCGGGCUCACUGCACUGUAAAACAAACCAUGUGCAUUGUACGAUACUUUUCUUUUAUACUCACAUAAGCUUUUGAGCAAGCAAUAUUCCUAGUGUGUAGAUGAGAAGGUUACAUUGCAGGUUGCCCCGUCCCCAUCACCACCACCACCAUGUUGACUGUCUUUCUACACUAUGUCUCACUUCAGGGUUUUCCUUUUUAAGAAUGCUUUAAUGAGAAUGACUGCCUUUUUAUUGUGAGUGCGGCAGAAUUUAAAAUGGAAUAUGAGCAGUUUAAAAGAGUAUUAACUGUUUUGAACUAUGUGGAUCCAAAAUCGUCUAAUGGUUACAUUCUUUGCACUGUUAGCAUUGUGGCUGUACAAUAGCCACAUCUUUUCAGUCAGGACCUGUGUGUACACUGUACAGUAAUUUUCUGACCACUUGUUUAAAGGUCCAACAGGAGUAUUCAUAACCCAUUUGCUUUCUGUAUGCACAACGUUUUAGUAUUUUUAUUGUCUUUAAUGUCUCAUUUUAAGAAAAGUGGUCAAAGAGCUGUUUUGUAAUAAUGUUAAGUCGGUUAUUUAUAGGAAUACACAGAUGACCUAAAUACAAUGCAUUUUCAAAUUACAGAAGAUUUCUGCAUUUUGAAGAUUAACUUGUUGAAGUGUCAUCUGAUUUAGGAAAACUAUUUUAUGAGGAUUUUCUUUUUCUUAAGAACCAGCUUUUGUGUGAUUUGAAUCACACAUCGUAUUUUAGACCAAUACAGUGAAGUACAAUAGGGGUGUAUGAAUGUAAACGAUACUGCAGUUCUCCCUUUUCAGCUAUAAGAGCACUGUACCACCAGAGCAUGAGGUUACCCAUCUGCUGGAAUCAGAGUUCAGCAAUAAUCUGUUUCCUUUCACACAGUCAUGGAAAAACUCGACUGAAAAAAUGUUUCUUUUUUCCAUUUUCAGUACACAUGUAAAGAUGCACCAUGACAAUAAAAUCAUUUCUGAUUGCA